AUGACUGACAGUGAUUACCAGUGUCAAUCUGGAGUUGACGAUUUUGAUUUAUCUCCAAGUGAUCGAGACUUUGUGCUUUGUUUGCUGGAUGCCUCUCGGACCUCACUUGCUUCCAACUCAGAACCAGAAUCUGAGCCAACGUCAAAUCGUAGAGGGUCGUUUACCUCAAUACCGAAACCCAUCAGAAGAGAAGAAUCUUCAAUCUCACCCAGGAAGCGCAUUCAGCUUCCCCAAAUCAACCCCCAGGAUUACGGGCCCUCCGGCACUCAAAAUAAUCAACAGAGGCUCCCAUUAACUCAAAGAGGCCAGUUUGUAUCAACUGAUUCUUCUACUGAGUCCAGCACUUUGAUCUUGGAUCUUUUCGAACAGCUUGAAGACUCUUGGCCUUCCACCUCUAGUCUCGCAGUUCCAAGUCCACCCACUUCUUCGGUCUACUUCAGUGUCACCGAGGAGACAGAAAACAGUUUUUGUGAAUUUCCAUCUCCUGGGUUUCGAAAUUUGCUGUCUACAUCUCUAGAGACAAAUCUAGUUCAUCACAGCUUCGCUCAUUCAUACGAACAACUCAUAGACCGUCACUCGGUUGACUGGGAUCGUGAGAGCAGUAUUCCUAAUUUCAAGCCUACCUCUGAUAGGAUAGAGACGCGUCAGACGGUGUGCCAAACCGAAGAAGAAGCAGCAACCAGUAUCGUUGAUAAGCCCUCUUCAUCUCGUGCCACUUCCCCCUCUCCACUGUCUCUUCCCGCCCCUUCGCUACAGGAAUCUUACCCAUCCUCUCAGUCCAUCAAAUCUCAACCUCAAACCCGCCAACGAUUCACCAGAAGGUUCAAACAUCGACUCUCUCACAUGUUCGGAGAUCGCAGUGUAACUUUAUAG